UUCCCUGGCACUUUGGACACUUUGUUGGCUUCUCAAGAACAUAAUCUACCACCCUAGAAAUCAAGAACAUAAUCCUACCACCUAGAAAUCGACGUUUCGAGUGCGCAUUUUUAUUUUUUCAAGGAAAUGUCAGUUGAAAUUUCGAGAAAAAAAAAUAAUGAGACCUCCCCACCCACGUAGGCAUUACAAAUAAUAGGAGCCUGGGUUCAAAUGACCUGUGUUGUCACGGUUGCUUGCGGUGGUGCAAUGCCAUAAUAAUGACAACAACUUGACUGACGAUUAAAAAAUCAAAUCUUUCAUUCAUUGUGUCGAAAGAAAUCUAUAUUCUAUUGCCGAUAAAUCAAGAACAUAUUCAAGAAACUUUUGGCUACAGUUGGCUCGUCAAGUAUGGCUGUUUGCAUGGAUAAUGAGCUUGAAAACGCUAUAACCGAGCAGCUAAACGAAGUUGAGUUACUGCAGUCGAUUUACCAUGAUGGUUUUCACUUGAUUCGUGAGUACGAUGAAAAUAACAGAAUUGAAUUCAACUUGAUGCUGAGCGUUCGCCAUCCACACGAGAAAGUUACGGUCGAGGCUGUCAUCCCAUUAGAAGUGGAAGAAACAGUUCAGCAAUCUUCCAAUGGCGAAAAAAAGCUGGAUUACGAGGAAUCUUUAGUUGAAAAAGAAGAUAAAGGAACUGCUGAUAAAGAUAUCUUGAACAACUCAGAUCUAAAUGAUGCUGAAGGUCCUAAUGAUGACCCCAGCCCUGGUCACCAACACAAGAAACCAGGAUUGUCUAGAAUGCUUUCUACAAAACAUUUACACAUCAAGUCAGAUGUCAGUGAGCUUACACCUAUCAAUCUCUGGUGCAGACUACCCCCUCUCUACCCCUCUCAGAUUCCUCCACAAUUCAUUCUGUCUUGUGAUUGGUUAAGCACUUCUCAGAUUGACAAACUGACACAAGAACUUGAUGGGCUUUGGCAGGAUAAUUGUCAUGAUCCAAUCAUAUUCACGUGGGCAGACUGGCUGCAGAGCUCAUCCUGGGAUUUCUUACAGCUACCCUCUCAUCUUGUCCUCAGAGAAGGCUUCAAAGAGUGUUUAUUCAAUGAUGGUGUUACGGAUGUUGCCUUGGAAAUGGCCUUGUUGAGUAUAUUUGAACAUGACUUAGAGGUUAAGCGGAAUGAGUUUUACAAGAGUGUUCACACAUGUGAGAUUUGCUUUGAAGAAAAAGAGGGGAGAGCUUUCUGCUUUCUUGACGAAUGUCAUCACUUCUGCUGUGUGGAAUGUCUGCAGCAGCACAGUGAGAUGCAUAUCAAAUCUGGGUCCGUGAUGCAGCUUUUGUGUCCAAUUAAUGAAUGUGAUGUUGCCAUUCCUCCUCAAAUGUUGAAAGACAUUCUUGAGGAAGAAAUGUACAGAAGAUGGGAACGACUGCUGCUCAACAAAACACUUGAUCUGAUGCCAGAUGUCUUUUACUGUCCAAGAUGCAAUACAGCGGUUGUAGCAGAUGAUGAUUCAGAAUCAUCAAAGCUUGGUCGAUGUACAUUUUGUUUCUUUACAUUCUGCAUUGAAUGCCAAGGCCCAUGGCAUCAUGGGAAAUCUUGUACUGGUGAUGACGAACAAGAAGAGCAAGAUAAGAAAAAAACAAGCAAGAAAAAGCAAAUAAACAAGAGUUCAAAUAAAGUGGAUGUCUUUACAAAAAGGUCUCGCACUUCUAAUGUGGCUUUUAUCACCUUAAUGAGAAGCAGAGGAUCAUACCAAAAGUGCCCAAAGUGUCGCAUGAUUGUGGAAAAAAUUUCUGGAUGCAACUUCAUGACAUGCAGUCAGUGUCGUGGUCAAUUUUGUUGGGUGUGUGGGAAGUCUAUCUCAAGCUAUGGCCACUUUUCUCAGUCAGAAAAGUGUGCCACUUUUGGACAAGCGACACCAUUGCAGGCUCGUCAACCAGAACCAUCAAAAGGUGAACUUCUCAUCCAACAAUAUAAAGAAGAGAAUCCUGGAAAGAAGCUUAUUACAAAACACUGUCCAGUUUGCUCACAGAAAAACAUCAAAAUAGCAAACAAUAAUUCUAUGAAAUGUUGGUCUUGCAAAACAAGGUUCUGUUAUCAGUGUGGCAAGAAAAUUGAAGGUGUUUGCUACAAGCAUUUUACAGCACCAAAUAAAUGCACUCAGCACUCUGAUGAUUGAAAUGUUUAUUGUACAUGUCAAGUAGAUUACAGGAUCACACAAUGGAAUUGAAUUAAGUUCAAUAUUCAUUUAUGACAUUACUAUUUGAUAGCAACACAUCAGUGCAGACAUCAUUUACCCUGUGAAACAAAAAUCUAACAGUUCUGCAGGCAUAUAUGAAUAUUAAUCUGCUCUUACUAUUAGACUUUUAUCUCUAUAUCAUAGGUUUUUUGAUUUGCAAUAUGCACAUUGCAAUAAUGUGCAUAUUGCAGACAGUAAAUGAACUUUAUGGUGCCAGUCAGAAAAGCAAUGGAGCUAUAACUUGCAUCAUAUAUUAUACUAUUAGCUUUACUGGCUUCUCACACUCUGAUGGAAUUAAUCACGUAAUUACAUUAAUAGACCAGUGAUAGAAGUGCAGUAAUAUGAUUGAAAAAGCAUGGUCAUUUAUAAUUUGGGUUAAUAAUGUGUAAUAACAGAAGCAAAUUUUUAUGAACAGAAUAAUUUUCACCAUGAACAUUUUGCUAUAAUAAUUUGUAUAUAUUUUUUAUUUGCUCUGGCCAAAAUAAACAUUAAUACAAUGUAUCUGAUCUAGUCUCAAAGGCUAUGGUCAAUAUGCCUAUAUUAUACUUGAAAAACCAAAAUAAUUUCAUCAGAAUUUAUCAGUCGAAGCUUCAGAAAGUUUCCUUCAUUUAUUCAUUCAGUUGCAACAGUCUCCUUCAAGGUUCCUGUAUACCAUCUUGAAAAGUAUGGAACUUGCAAUGGUAGAAACCCAAUUUUACACCUACACACAUUAAUUAACAUGUAUCAUUGCAUGCUCAACCAUGAACAAGGCUUUUGGUUGAACCUUGUACAUUAAGAUGCAAUUUAAUCAAAAAAUUGAAUAUCACUACAAUCAUGUUAAGUGCAUUUGACCCUAGCCUUUCAUUUUACUAAGAAACUAUAAGUAUGGAAAAUCAAGAUCUUAUAUAAGAAAUAUCAAAAAUAAUCAAUUUUUAUCAUAUUUAUAACCUUACUGUAACAAAAUGAAUGAAAGAUAAUGUACAUGAAAAUACUGUACAGUUAUUUAGUUUUGUUAUUCUAAGCAUUACUGUAAUCAUUACUAUUCAAAUUAUAAUAUUUAAAUAUAAUCACACAAAACAUUACAAAUUUUAAUUAAAAGAUAAAUUACAAAAUCAACAUUCAUAAAGAAUGUAAAAUUGAUAUCACCCUAUUCCAGGUAAUUUGGAUUGAAUACAAUAUGUGUUUUUGUUAUGAAUGCCCCAGAUAUGGUUUGUAGUAGCUGUUUUGUAGUAGUAGUUAAGAUGAUGAAUCAAUAUCAUAAAAAAACAUAUGAAUAGUGUUUGUCACACACACAAAAUAAUCACUAACUAUGUAUUAAAUAUAAUAGCAAUAUUUUUUUUUCAAAAAAUCAAUAUGUCAGUCAUUUAUAUCAGAAUUAUUCUCAUUACAUAGUUUAUUUUAUAAAAUAGAGCGGAUUUCGUAUGAGUGGGAAACGGACAGUACUGUACUGUGUCCGUAAUCGUACUGUAACCAAAUUCUAGUGCCCCAUUGUUUCACCAAAAUUCUGCAGGCCAGGUGCGGUAACUGUGUGGUAACCGUGCGGUAACGGUGUCCCACUCAUACGAAAUCCGCUCUAUAAUUUAUAGCUUUAUAGUUGACUUAUACAUAUUUUACUAAUACAGUUCUUUCCUGGACUUUCUGCCAUAUUGAAAGGUAUAAAAUUAUAAGCCAUGACUCAUCUGUGCAAAAAGAUGCAAGGUCUACUGGGUUAAUGUUCUCAGUAAAAAAAAUGAGACUGAUGUUCUA